UCCGCGGCCUCCGCUUCUGAUAAAGUUGUUGUUCUGCCAACAUGGCGGCGCCCAUAUUGCGUCGCGGGGCUUCGUUCGUGUAAUGCUUUGGGGAAUGAGGCAGAAGGGAGCUGCAGGCCAGAGCCUGUGAGCAGGGUCUUCCUUCCUGAAGAAUGGCAUCAGCUUGUCAGAGGCUGAGUUUUUAUGUCUCUCUUCUGAAAAGGCAGCUCAUUUGUAGGCCACCUGUCAUCCAGGGGGAAAGAAUAAUUCCAGGAUGUGCCAGAAGUAUUUACAGUGCCACAGGGAAGUGGACGAAGGAGUACACCCUGCAGACAAGGAAGGAUGUUGAGAAGUGGUGGCAUCAACAGAUAAAGGAGCAGGCAUCCAGGAUCUCAGAAGAAGACAAAGCAAAGCCCAAAUUCUACGUGCUCUCCAUGUUCCCAUACCCUUCUGGCAAGCUGCACAUGGGCCAUGUACGAGUCUACACCCUCAGUGACACCAUUGCACGGUUCCAGAAAAUGAGAGGCAUGCAGGUUAUCAACCCCAUGGGGUGGGACGCAUUUGGACUGCCUGCCGAAAAUGCUGCCAUCGAGAGGAAUUUGCACCCAGAAAGCUGGACUCAGAGCAACAUUAAAUACAUGAAGAAGCAGCUUGACCGCCUGGGCCUGUGCUUCAGCUGGGACAGGGAAAUCACUACCUGUUUGCCAGAUUACUACAAAUGGACUCAAUACCUAUUUAUCAAACUCUAUGAAGCUGGACUGGCCUAUCAAAAGGAGGCCUUGGUUAACUGGGAUCCAGUGGAUCAAACAGUGCUGGCCAAUGAGCAAGUGAAUGAAUAUGGCUGUUCAUGGCGUUCUGGAGCCAAGGUGGAGAAGAAAUAUCUCCGACAGUGGUUCAUUAAGACAACUGCAUAUGCGAAGGCCAUGCGGGAUGCCUUGGCAGACCUCCCAGAGUGGUACGGGAUAAAAGGCAUGCAGGCCCACUGGAUUGGGGACUGUGUAGGCUGCCAUCUAGACUUCACAUUAAAGGUUGAUGGACAAGACACAGGAGAGAAACUGACCGCAUAUACAGCCACCCCUGAGGCCAUUUAUGGUAUUUCCCACGUGGCCAUUUCUCCUAACCACCGGCUUCUACAUGGCUGCAGUUCUCUGAAGGAAGCCUUGCAGAAGGCACUAGUCUCUGGCAGAGACUGCCUCACGCCAGUGAUGGCUGUGAACAUGCUCACCCAGCAGGAGGUCCCCAUUGUUAUCAUGGCCAACGCUGACUUAGAAGGUUCUCUAGAUUCAAAAAUAGGAAUCCCCAGCACCAGCUCAGAGGACACUAGGAUAGCCCAAGCCCUGGGCCUGCCCUACUCUAAAGUCAUUGAAACUUCACCAGAUGGCACAGAGAGACUGAGUGGAUCUGCUGAGUUCACAGGUAUGACCCGGCAGGAUGCCUUCCUAGCCCUGACCCAGAAGGCCCGUGGGAUGAGGGUGGGCGGAGACGUCACGAGUGACAAACUGAGAGACUGGCUGAUCUCACGACAGCGCUACUGGGGCACGCCGAUCCCCAUUGUCCACUGCCCCGCCUGUGGCCCUGUGCCUGUGCCAUUGCAAGACUUGCCUGUGACUUUGCCCAGUAUCACAUCUUUCUCUGGCAAAGGAGGCUCCCCACUGGCCUCAGCUUUGGAGUGGGUGAACUGCCCCUGCCCAAGGUGUAAGGGAUCCGCCAGGAGAGAGACGGACACCAUGGACACUUUUGUGGACUCUGCGUGGUACUACUUCAGAUACACUGACCCCCACAACACUCACAGUCCUUUCAGCCCAGCACUGGCAGACUUCUGGAUGCCUGUGGAUUUGUAUGUCGGAGGAAAAGAGCAUGCUGUCAUGCACUUGUUCUAUGCAAGAUUCUUCAGUCAUUUUUGCCAUGACCAACAGAUGGUAAAGCACAGGGAGCCUUUCCAUAAACUGCUAGCCCAAGGCCUUAUCAAGGGACAGACAUUCCGCCUUCCGUCUGGACUGUGUCUGAAAAAGGAGGAUAUAGACUUCACAGGUCCUGCUCCUGUUUGUGCAAAAACAAAAGAGAAGUUAGAGGUGACAUGGGAGAAGAUGAGCAAGUCCAAACACAACGGGGUGGACCCCGAGGAGAUUGUGGCUCAGUAUGGAAUUGACACAAUCCGGCUCUACAUCCUCUUUGCAGCCCCUCCUGAGAAGGACAUCUUGUGGGAUGUAAAGACUGAUGCUCUCCCUGGAGUACUGAGAUGGCAGCAGCGGCUGUGGUCCCUGACAACGCGAUUCAUCGAGGCCAGGACCUCUGGGUCAGUCCCCCAGCCUCAGCUGCUGAACAACAAGGAGAAAUCCAAGGCCCGAAGCCUCUGGGAGUACAAAAACGCAGUCAUAGCUCAGGUGACCACCCAUUUCACAGAGGACUUUGCGCUGAAUUCUGCAGUUUCUCAGCUGAUGGGACUCAGCAGUGCCCUCUUGCAAGCCUCUGAGAGAGUGGUUCUCCACAGCCCUGAGUUUGAGGAUGCUCUGUGUGCCCUGCUGGUGAUGGCUGCCCCCAUGGCUCCUCACAUAACCUCAGAGCUCUGGGCAGGCUUGGCGCUGGUACCAAGCAAGCUCUGUGACCACUAUGCCUGGGACACUGGCGUGAUGCUGCAGGCCUGGCCCACGGUGGACUCACAGUUCCUUCAGCAGCCCGAUAUGGUUCAGAUGGCUGUUCUGAUCAACAACAAGGCCUAUGGCAAGAUCUCUGUGCCCCAACAAGUUGCCCAGGACCAGGACAAAGUCCAGGAGUUGGUUCUCCAGAGUGAGCUGGGCGCCCGGCUGUUGCAGGGGAGAAGCAUCAAGAAGUCCUUCCUCUCCCCCAGGACUGCCCUCAUCAAUUUCCUGGUGCAGGAGUGACCAGGGCCUCAAGGACCCUCCUCUGCCCAGGUCAAGGAAAGGACGUUAGCUUACGACAAGCAAAAGGCAAACAUCAGGGCCAUUGGCCUUUUUUCCGGGACAGACUGGAGUCAGCAGGGGCCUGAGCCUAGGUGACAAUGGAUGCGGACAAAGAGGAAUGAGGGGAGAAAUUCCCGUUGUUGUCCUGCGACCCUCCACUCCCACUCAGGGUGUGGAACUACCUGAGAUGCUGCUGGGUGGGAACAAGAAGAAGAGCAGGGCUGGCAGACAGCUAGGAGCGUUUGCACACAGCUCUGUACUGUCUCAGGCACUUCUAAGGAGUCACACAGAUUAAAGGGGCCAUGUAGGCUCAGGAGCUGCACAGAGGUCGGCGUCCAGGUGGUGCUGGCUGGACUUUUGGCUUCCAGGACAAACAAAACCCUUUGGUGUAUGUUCAGGGUCUCACUUGUGGGACUGGACGUGGACACUGGCAUCUCUACAAAUUGUUCUGAGUGUCUCCAGCACCUUUCACAUAGGUGUCACAUAGGUCUCUUGACCUCUUCUGGGUCUGAGGUCCAUGCUCUGGGACGGGACUUCGCUUUACUUCUGAGCGUUUCCGUGUGUGGAGUGCACUGUGUGGUGAGCGAAACUGUGUUCUGAGCUGCUGAUCCCCGCCAGGGCCCCAUCACAGCCCAGCAGGGGUUUGAACCCCAGGUAGCUCACGUGGGCCUCAGAUAGUGAUGCCCUCAGUUUCCCCCCCGGAAGGUCACUAGCAAAAGCAAGUUCACCAGAGAGGAGUUGUUGUGUCCUGGGUGUCACCUCCUGUGUCCAAGCUGCUCAGGAGUGGAGCCAGCUCACCAGUAAAUUAGACAAAGCUCAUUGUUAUGAGAGUCAUUCGUAAAGUGCUGAGCAAGGGCUCGAUGCCUAGUUGUGGGGAGGAGAGAAGAACUUAGCCCUUUCAGGAUGCGGAAGCUCCAUGUCUACAAUUUAGUGUCACCCAGAGGUGGCUGUCAUUGUCUCCUACCGUUCAGAUAACUUUUAGUGUCAUACUUGUAUAUCACUCUGAGACGUAUCUGUGAUCUCGGAAGAGCCCUGUUUUCCAGUUCUGAGGGUUCACUGGGAACAGACCAAUGUCCGCCACCAUUCCAGGCCCUGGUUCUUGCUGCCUCCUGGAAUGCCUGUGGUCUGUCACCUUGAACAUACGUCACCCUCCAUCUAGGCCGGGCUCAUCCAGGCCCAUGAGCAAGAGAGGCUCAUGCACAGGAUCUUGAGCUUGACACCGUGCCGGGUCUCCAUGCCUAGAAAUUGUAAUUUAAUUGUAACCAUCAUAAGGGAUUUAGAAUUUUUUACAAGUGAAGCUACUGAGGGUAUAGCUCAGGGGUAGAGUGUGAGUCUAGCAUGGCCAGGCUCUAGGUUCCAUUUCCAACACAGAAAAGCAAAGCAGCUCUACCAGAGGAACUGUGGCAGCACACGUGUGAUCCCAGCAGAGGAGAGGCAGAAGGACCAUGGGUUUGACGCUAUCUUUAGCUACAUUAGACUCUGCCGCAAAGAAAAACUACCAGUGAUCCUACCACCAAAGUUUGAGAACACUGGAUUAAUGAAUGUUUCUGAACCAUAA